AUGACGGGAUUAUCUUCAGAUCCAGAUCAAUGGAUAGCUCAUAUUCGACAAUGUAAACAUCUACCGGAACGACAAAUGAAAUUACUUUGUUCAAGAGUAAGAGAUAUACUGUUGGAAGAAAGUAAUGUACAUCUAGUACAAUCUCCCGUGACGAUUUGUGGUGAUAUACAUGGACAAUUUUGGGAUGUGUUGGAGAUAUUUAGACAAGGUGGUGAAGCACCUGAAACGAGUUAUAUAUUUAUGGGAGAUUUCGUAGAUAGAGGAUAUUAUUCAUUGGAGACCUUAUCGUUAUUAUUAGCGUAUAAAGCUAGAUAUCCAGAUAAGAUCACGUUGUUGAGAGGGAAUCAUGAAUCGCGUCAGAUCACUCAAGUAUAUGGGUUUUAUGACGAGUGUAUGCAGAAAUACGGGAAUCCAUCGGUAUGGAAAGCAUGUUGUACCCUGUUCGAUCAUCUGAAUCUAGCAGCAAUCAUCGACUCAUCAAUCCUAUGUGUACACGGUGGAUUAUCACCUGAUAUCAAGACUCUGGAUCAAGUAAGGAUCAUUCCUAGAGCUCAGGAAGUACCUCACGAAGGAGCGUUUUGUGAUCUCAUGUGGUCAGAUCCGGACGAGGUAGAAUCAUGGUCCGUCAGUCCAAGAGGUGCAGGAUGGUUAUUCGGUGCUAAAGUGACUGCUGAGUUCAACCAUGUCAACUCACUUUCACUGAUAGCAAGAGCCCAUCAAUUAGUCCAAGAAGGGUAUAAAUACAUGUUUGACGAUUCAUUAGUGACAGUCUGGUCAGCACCCAAUUACUGUUAUCGUUGUGGAAAUUCAGCUUCCAUAAUGCAAGUUGAUGAUAAUGGGAAAAGUACUUUCAAAGUUUAUGGUGCUGCAAGAGAAAACGAUACGGAUAUAAAAAAUCCGGCACUGAGGAGAAUGGGCACACCUUCAUAUUUCGUCUAA